AUGGCUAAUCUCUCAGAAGCUUACGAGAGUGCCCCUGUGCAGACUCACCAUAUCAUCCCUCUAGACUUUCAAUCAGUCAAUCAUGUCCCGGAAUCGCAUUCAUGGUCAAACUCUGACGAUAGCCUUCCAGUCCAAAGCCAACCGUUGGUAAACUGCGAGCAAAUAUCGCUGCCCAUCAUUGAUCUCGGGGACCUGGAUGCUUCAAAGAUGAUGGGUCAAGCAUGUGAAUCCUGGGGCAUGUUCCAAGUCAUAAACCAUGGCAUUCCUUUGACUCUGUUUAGGGACGUCGAAUCAGAGGCCAGGGCAUUCUUCUCCCUCGCAGCUGAAGAGAAGAUGAAGGCUCUCCGGUCUCCUAGCGGAGUCACUGGUUAUGGAGUUGCCCGAAUAGCGCCAUUCUUCAAUAAGGUCAUGUGGCAUGAAGGUUUCACUAUUGUGGGAUCUCCCGUGGACCAUGUUAGGGAGAUUUGGCCCGAACGGUAUCAUAGGUUCUGUGAAGUAAUGGAAGCCUAUCAGAAGGCGAUGAAGGAGCUUUCGGAGAGGCUCCUUGACCUAAUCCUGAAAUCCCUUGGCACGCCUGAGGAACACAUUGAGUGGCUGCCAUCCGUGGCUUGCCAAGGCAGGCUAGCCCCGUGCACGGCCCUGCAGCUCAACUCCUACCCACCCUGCCCAGGCCCGACACAGGUGAUAGGCCUGGCUCCACACACGGACUCGUACCUCAUCACAAUCCUCCACCAGGUUGGCAACAUAAACGGGCUCCAAGUCCUCAUGGAGGGCACUGGAUGGGUCCUGAUCGUGCCCCUUGAAGGGGCAGUGGUGGUCUAUGUGGGCGACAUGCUCCACAUUAUGUCAAAUGGCCUAUUCCCCAGCAUGCUCCACCGUGCUGUCGUGGACAAUACCAGGCACAGGCUGUCUUUCGCCUACUUCUAUGGACCACCAGCGGAUUCCUCCAUCUCCCCAAUCCCCAGGGGCUGCCCGAGCCAGUUCCGGUCUAUGACUGUGAGGGAGUACAUUGAGAUGAAGGCAAAGGAUUUUAAGGGCGCCCUUUCUAAAAUCAGGGUGGUAUGAAAAACACCUUUUUUCGAUUACAAACAAGACUCUUGGGCUAUAGGGAAAGAGAAAUACUUUGGUAGAUGAUAUAUUAUACUGAUUAUCUAUAUUAUUGUAAAAUCCUGCAAUUUUCCGCUAUGAAAUCCAUAAUGCAGUUUAUUAUACUAAAAGUUAAAGGAUUCUAUGAGCUUUUUUUUUUUUACAAGAUACGAAACCAAUUUAAAAAUUUCAAAAUUCCAAAAUUUAAAAUACAUCAAAUUACCUGUUGAGUUUUAAAACAAGUUUCUCGAACAUAAAUCCUUGUUUGGGGAAAAACUCAACCUUUCAAAACACGAAAACACAUCCCUCAUAAUAAUCAUAUAAGCCUGUUUGGAUUGUGGAUGCAAUUUUAAAAUCACUAUUCUAA